AUGGACUCGGCUGCUGCUAUUCGGAGGAGGCGCCGCCGGCGCGUCACUAAUGAGAAUCAAAGAUCACCGUCAUUUCAUGAAGAACCUCCUUUGUCUGCACAAUCUGAGAAUGGCACAUCCGCCACCCAGGGCCCUGUGAGAGAGGCACCCGAGAAAAACAUAUCCAUCGAAAGUCCAGAAGUGUUCUCUCCAGCAUCGGCACUGUCGCAAAAGCUUGCCAAACACGUUAUUGUGGACCAAACAACAAGGGUGCCGUGGCCGAAUAUUUUUUGUCGUCUUCGAGAAGCAUUUUCACUCGACUCGCACACUACACCAGAAGAAGAGGACAUGAUGGCUAUGCAGGCACAUAUGACUUGCCCAAAAGCGCUCCAUCCAUCAGAAUUGGCUCGCCUUCGUCUUGUCGUAGAGGCUUUCCCUCCACGGCCUGUGGCCAACUUCUUACUGUCCGUCUUCAUCAAGCAUGCCACAGAUGCGCUCUUCUAUUUUGAUCAGUCCCAGUUUCUGAGAGAAAUUGAUCAACUGUACACUGACUCAAACUCAGCUUUAAGGUGUGACCCGAGCUUCGUUUGUCUCGCAAUGGGAGUCUUCGCAUUAGGAAGCCAGUGGACACCACUUGAAAGACCCGAGGGAUUGGUCACUGAUCUUCACCGGGAAAACGUGGACCUUGGUCGGGUCUUUUAUUGCCAUGCUAGAACUUUGAUUCCUGAUAUAAUUGACAAACCAUGCUUAUGGUCUAUCCAGGCCCCCAUGGUUUUGAGCGUGUAUCUGUUGCCAGCAAGUGCAAUUGGGUCUUCCUAUGUGUACAUGGGUUUGGCUUUGCGCAAGGCACUAGCCUUCGACCUUCAUCAAGACAUAGAUGACCCAACAACUGAAGAACGUGAAAAGGAAGUUCGUCGUCGCCUAUGGUGGUCAAUUUACUCGCUCGAAAGAUGCACGACGAUUAAAUUGAACCGACCCCGUUCUAUAAAUGCUGAUAUGAUCACGGCAAGCCUUCCAUUACCAAAUCCGUCACUAGAUCGCCUUCAGAAGUUCGAUAAUCUCCAGUUUCAACUGGCGUUCACCCAUCUGGUAAAGAUUAUUGAUCAAAUCGCAGAGCCAACGUACUUCGGCCUUUCACAUGUGAGAUUGUACAUGCUAAUGAGGCAAAGCAGUGAUUCCUUGAAGGACACGGAAAGACUUAAGCGCUAUGAAAAUUGCGAAUCAGACCUUCUACAGUGGAAAAGAUCGUUACCACAAGACUUCAGACUUGAGAAAAUAGAUCCUAGGGACUCGAAAUAUCGUGCAGUGUUCCAUCUUUACCUGAACUACUACUAUGCGUGGAUCUCUAUGGGCAAGGUGUUUCUCGUCACUGUUGUUCGAACUAACCUCGACUCCUAUUUCUAUCCCAAACCACAGCCUCCACGCAUUAACGAAACAAUCGACAAGUUAUCCCAGUCCUGCACAAAGGCAGCAAGAAAGCUUCUCCAGUUAUUUGAGAACUUGGCACACACUCGCAAUAUUACUCGUUUCUCCUUUACAGAUUUCCAAGGGUGCAGUAUUGCGACUAUCAUAACCUUGGUGUCCGGGAUAUUGGACCGUGACUCAACAUAUCACGCGAGGGUAGCAUUCGGACUGGACUGCCUUCGAAAAAUGGCAACGGGCAACAUGACAGCCAAGAUGGGUGUCAAGUUUGUUGAAGCCGUGCAGUCCAUUGCGAAUGAGGCUGCCAGCAAGCUACACCACAGCUCUUCGUUUCAGAAAAGCAUUCAAGUGACUGGGGGACUAGAUACGGCAUCCGAAUAUAGCCAAUGGGCCGAGUGGCUCACGCAGCAAGAGAAUGCCCGGCAGGGGGAUUCAGCCCCUGCAUCGGGAGGAGGCCAUACAACAAACAGGGAAAUAACGUCCCAAGUAGGAACAUGGACAUUGCCACAGCCUUCAGUCAAUCCCUCUGGCUGGGGACUCCAUGGUGUAGAUAUGCCGUCGACGGUCCCAUUCUCGGAUGAUUUCACACAGCAAACGACGUUUUCUCAUGAAGCCCGUUCUGCAGACAAUGGUUUUAUUUCAGCACUACAUAGCGAUGAUCAAACUUUUUUGAUGGGCUUGACAGGACUUGAUGGUCUUGAUUUGCUGGGAUUCACGAGUCCGCUGGAAUGA